AUGAUGAUCAAAACUACGACGACAACAACAAUAGCGUUUGAUCAAACGCCAAGUACAAUUUGUAGCGGAUUUCUUGAUAUCCAUGGUGCAUGGAAUAAUGGCUUCGCAUGUCCCAUUGAAAAUUCAAUUCAAUAUUUCUGUUGCGGCACAGAUAACUAUUAUUAUUGUUGUCCACCUGAUCAGUAUUCAUUCGAGAGUAGACCUCAUAUUGAUGUGAAUAAUAUUAUGGAACAUUCUCAAACAUUUAGUAAUAUUGUAACUGAUGAAAUAAGUGCAUCAUUAAUAAAUAAUCAACGAAUGAUCAAUAAACAAUUUCAACAAUUUCAAAAAUAUUUUUUACCUACUUUUUUAUUGACAACAACGAUUCUUUUUCUUGUUGGUAUUGCUCUUUGGUUUUGGUUAUAUAAACAUAAGAAAUACUAUUCAUUAACACGCGACGAUCAUAUAGAACCAAGAACAUCACAUCAGAGUCAAACUGAUUCUAUGGUAAGACUAGAAGAAAAUAAUUAUCUUAGUCUUGACCAGCAUCAUCCUCAAUUAUUAUCAAAUUCAUCAACUCAAGUUUAA